ACUGAUUUGAAAAAACACCUUAUUACAAAGGACUAUUUGGUGAAUUUACUCUUAUUAUUUUUUAAGUUUCGGUCUCGAACUCUAGGGAAUCUGCCUUCUUCAUUCCCAAAACACAAUUUGAGAAGAAAAGCCUCUGCAUGGAUGGUGCGAUCACUGUCUUCAAAGCAGAUGAGUCGCCCUUUGCCGGGGAGGAUGAAUUUCCUACCUGCGAAGAUCAUCUAGAGGAUGGUGACAGAGAUCUGAUUGUUCCAGAUUCCGAAGAAGAGGAUUGCGAUGAGGAGGUGAAUGAGAUUAUUCCAGAUUCGGAAGAUGGUUACUAUGAUGAGGAGUUGAUUGUUCUAGAAUCUGAAAAAAGGGAUGAUGAUGAGGCAUUCAUAGUUCCAAAUUCUGAAGAAGGGGACGAUGAUGAGGGAUUCAUUGUUCCAGAUUCUGAAGAAAGGGAUGAUGAUGAGGCAUUCAUUGUUCCAGAUUCUGAAGAAGGAGACUAUGUUGAGGUAUUCAUUGUUCCAGAUUCUGAAGAAGGGGAUGAUGAUGAUUCAUUCAUUGUUCUAGACUCUAAAGAAGGGGAGGAUGAUGACAGGUUCUCUAACCCUGACUCCCAAAAAGAAUCUGAGUCCCUGAAUUUGGAGGUGGAGGCUGUGGACAAACCUGCAUUCCUCCAAGCAAGGGUUGAUGAGGAUCCAUUUAGUGCUUUUGCUAGCUUACAAUAUGACCCGAAGUUGGGAAAAGUGCCUGAGGCAUGGCACAGCUCAUCCACAAAGGCUUUGCUUCAUAUCUGGUUCCCACGUUUCUUCGUCUAGGGAAGUACUUUGUCUCUACUCUCAUUUUUGCGUAUGAGUAGUACUGAAACCUAUGAUUGUCUUGUUGUUUUGUCGCUGCAUUCUGUGUUUCCCAUUUAAACGUGUGAUUCUGUUGUUUGUUUUCGUUGUGGGGAUGCUGUUUAAGUAUAAGUGUGUGUUUGGGUGUAUAUGACUAUGGUCUAUGAUGAAUCAUCCCGUUAAGAUUAUGGUCUAUGAUGAUGCUGUGUAACCCCCACCUUUCAUGGUGUUUGUCGCUCCAUUCUGUGAAUGAAUGUUGAAGUGAUUU